GACGAGGUGAGUCUGCUUCGUGCGGUGUCCUCCUGCCUCUGCUGUCUGGACCCGGACAUGCUGUUGGGGUGGGACGUGCAACGCCACUCUCUGGGGUACCUGGCGGAGCGGGGGGCGGCGCUGGGCCUUACGCCACCGCUGCUGAGGAGCGCGGGGAGGACACCGGGCGCAGCUUCCAUCAAGGAAAAACAGGUGGGGGAAAAGGGGGAGGAACGGGGGGAAACAGGGGGGAGCGGGUUUUACGUGACAGGGCGCAUCCUGCUCAACCUGUGGCGGGUGCUACGGGGGGAGCUGAAACUGGGGUCGUACAGCUUUGAGAGCUGUACGGCAGCGGUCUUGGGACUUAGGGUACCUCGAGUGCGGGAGCAAGAGCUGGCUGCCUGGUUUGCGGCGGGUCCCCCCGGGGGGCGUUGGCGCUGCCUCCACUGGCUGCUGCGCCGAUGUCGUCUGGACCUGGCCAUGUGCGAACAGUUAGACCUUAUCGGGCGUACGGCGGAGCUGGCACGCACGUUCGGCAUCGACUUCUUCUCCGUCCUGUCUCGGGGCAGUCAGUACCGCGUGGAGAGCUUGCUGGUGCGGCUGGCACACACGAACAAUUUCAUUAUGACGUCACCUAGCAGGGAGCAGGUGGGUGGUCAACCCGCCAUGGAGUGCCUCCCCUUGGUGAUGGAACCGGAGAGCCGCAUGUACACGUGUCCAGUUGUCGUACUGGACUUCCAAUCGCUGUACCCCUCUCAGAUUAUCGCGUACAACAUGUGCUACUCAACGUGUGUGGGGAGGCCGCAACACGCAAGAGCAGGUAUGCAUAGAUCAUGUUUACACAGGGUGGUACACAGGGUGGUUCACCAGCGGCCCCCUUUCCCUUGGAGGCACCCCAAUGGCAUCGCGUACGUCCCGCCAAAGGUCCGCCCCGGUGUACUCCCCCGCAUGCUGUCCGAGAUCUUGAACACGCGGGUCAUGAUCAAGGGGGCCAUGAAGAAGGUCCUGUUGCGAAUCCUCAACGCCCGCCAGUUCGGCUUGAAAAUGAUCGCUAACGUGUCGUACGGCUAUACGGCAGCCGGCUUCAGCGGUCGGCUGCCGUUUGCUGAGCUGGCGGACUCAAUCGUUCAGUCGGGGAGGCAGACGCUGGAGAACGCCAUAGCGAUGGUGGAGUCCAAUCCCGAAUGGCGCGCGCGGGUAGUGUACGGCGAUACGGACUCAAUGUUCGUACAGCUCCCGGGGCGCAGUCGCAAGGAGGCGUUCCGCAUUGGUGCCGAGAUCGCUGCGGCCGUCACGGCGGCUAAUCCCGCGCCCGUAACGCUCAAAAUGGAGAAGGUGUACCAGCCAUGCAUCCUGCAAACCAAAAAACGUUACGUGGGAUUUUCGUACGAGUCACCGAGCCAGACACAGCCUACAUUUGAUGCCAAGGCAAGGGAGUGGACCCGGGGGGGGGAAAGGGGGGAGACGGUCCGCCGCGACAGCUGCCCCGCGGUGGCCAAGUUGUUGGAGCAGUCCCUCCGACUGCUGUUCGGCAGCCGCGACCUCUCCGACGUGAAGACAUACCUCCGCCGCCAGUGGACCAAGAUCUUGUCCAACAGGGUUUCCGUACAGGACUUCAUAUUUGCAAAGGAAGUCAGGUUGGGAACCUACUCCGCCAACGCCGCCACCAUCCCCCCUGCAGCGGUGGUGGCCACAAAGGCGAUGGCUGUCGACCCAAGGGCCGAGCCGCGCUACGCGGAGCGAGUGCCGUACGUGGUGGUGUACGGCGAGCCAGGUGCCCGGCUGGUGGACCUGGUGGUUAGUCCUCAUCAGCUGGUGGACAGCGGAGGGGCUCUGCGGCUGAAUGGCACCUACUACAUCACCAAACAGAUAAUACCGGCCCUGGAGAGGGUGAUGAGCCUGGUCGGCGCCGAUAUACGGUCGUGGUUUGCGGAUAUGCCGCGACCGCAGCGUAUGUUGCCGCAGAAGCGCCCGGCGGCGGCCGGCGGCGGCGGCGGCGGCACUAUCGACCGUUUCUACUUGUCCCGCCAUUGCGUCGUGUGUGACGAACUGACGCGAGCCAUUGAGCCGCUGUGUGACCAAUGCAGGUACGGCAAAUACGGCGCUGUACGGCAUAUAGGUACACUACCCAUGUCGUAUUGCCCCCCCUGUAGAGCUGCCUCUCCCAAGGGCCCCUCCCCCGCCCCCUCAGUCAGUUCUGCUUCUUGUUACACUCUUUGA